AUGCAGCUGCUGCAGGUGGUGCAGCAGCACCUCGAGGAGCAGUUCGGCCCCGUAAAAAUUUGUGUGAGACAAAGACAAGCACCAGACACAGACAAACCAGCAGCAGCAGCAGCAGCAGCAGCAGCAGCAGCAGCAGCAGCAGCAGGAGCAGCAGAAGAGGUGUCGCUGGAACAGGCAGCUGCGUGUGAUGAAGACCGCCUCAGCUUGUGCCUCGUAUUCCGCGCACCACCCGAAAAGAAACCAGCAGCAGCAGCAGCAGCAGCAGCAGCAGCAGCAACAGCAGCAGCAGGAGCUACAGCAGCAAAAGCAGAAAAAGCAGCAGAAACAAACGAUGAGGGCGCCGUGGGCGUCAAAUCGGAAGCAGCAGCAGCAGCAGCAGCAGCAACAGCAGCAGCAGAUUCUGGAGCAGCUGCAGCGGCAGCAGAAACAGAUACAGCAGCAGCAGCAGCAGCAGCAGCAGCAGCAGCAGCAGCAGAUCAGAAUGGCAAGGAGGGAUCCUCUGAGGACGAUACGGUUGAGGUCUACUGCAGCGACACCGCGCUGCAGCAACGGCGGUUCGCCGUUGCUGCUUUUCGCGCAGCAGCAACAGCAGAAGCAGCAGCAGCAGUGAUUUUAGUAGCAGCAGCAAGAGGAGUAGCAGCAGCAGCAGCAGAUACUGCAGCAGCAGCAGAUACUGCAGCAGCAGCAGCUGCUGCAGCAACAGCGACAAUAGCAUUUGCAGCUACAGCAGCAGCAGUUGCUGCAGCAUCAAUUGCAGCAACAGCAGCAGCAGCAGCAGCUGAUGCUGCUGCUGCUGCUGUUGCUGCUGCAGUUUGUGGCAGUGGGUAG